GCUCAAUUCAUCUCUCUUGGACGAAGCGGAGAUAAGACAGUCCUUUGAGGAUUUCAUUCAGAGCCAGGUACCAUUGCUGGAUCUCUGCAGCAGAGUUUUCAUCCUCCAGUUCCAGAUGAUCAGGAGGUUCUGCUCCACAACCAUGUUUCAGACUAUCGGACUCGCAGAACCUGCACAUUUCAGAUUCAAGGAAUUUUAUAAAGACUGCCUGAGUGUAUGGAAAACUGCAUCCUUCUGAGGUCCAACAUGGAGAUGAAUAUCAACAACCUGACAGCUGGGGCGACAACCUUGGUUCCGGAUCACACCACCGAGAAGCUUGAAACCUGCUUCCUACCGGAAAAUGCUGAAUGGGUUUUCGCCUACCAACCUAUCUACAUGUGGUUCAUCUUCGCCUUGGGUUUCGUAGAAAACCUGUUUGUCAUCUUGGUUUUUGUCCUUCACAACAGUCGCUGCACAGUGGCCGAGAUCUACCUGGGGAAUAUGGCGGCUGCCGACCUGAUUUUCAUCAGCGGCCUACCAUUCUGGGCUAUAUAUAUCACCAACAAGUUCUACUGGCCAUUUGGAGGCUUCAUGUGUGUGGCCGUCAACUCCUUGAUCCAACUCAACAAUUACAGCAGCAUCUACUUCCUUAUGAUGGUCAGCAUCGACCGGUAUCUAGCUCUGGUGAAGACCAUGUCAUUUGGCCGAAUGAGAAGCCCUUGGUGCGCCAAAGUCAACUGUUCAAUCAUCUGGAUCUUUGCCAUAGGCGUCAGCCUGCCCAAGGUGGUGUUUAGAAAGGUGAUCUUUGUUCCAGCACUAAACACUACGGCCUGCAUCAUCGUCCCCCCUGCUGUGGGCUGGCACGUUGCCAACAAUCUUAUUACCAACAUAUGUGGCUUUGUGAUCCCGGUAGCCGUCAUUGCCUUCUGCACCUUCCAGAUUAUAGGCGUCCUACGGAACAACACCAUGCAGCAAUUCAAGGAGAUCAACAACGAGAAGAAGGCCACAUGGUUGGUGCUGUCGGUGCUCUUGGUCUUCAUCAUCUGCUGGCUUCCAUUUCACGUUUUCACCUUCAUUGACACAUUCGACACACUCGGGGUCUUUGAAGGGUGUGCCGCGGCUCUGGCUAUCGAGAUCGGGAAUCAAAUUUCUUCCUACAUCGCUUACAGCAACAGCUGCAUCAACCCUCUGCUCUACGUCAUGGUUGGCAAUCAUUUCCGAAAGAAGGCCAAGGAGGUCUAUUGGCAACUUCUGGCCCAGAUAAAAUCCCAAAAAAACCAGCCUAUGCCCAGGAACUACUCCGGAGUCACCGUGCGAACCUCGAUCUCCAUGGGCCAGCAAAAUUUAAUUAUCAGGACAUAAAACGCGUCUAGUCUGUGAAGUUGCGCGCAAGUCUUUCCGAUUUACGAUCCCUAACUAAACAGGUCUUGGAAUAAGCUUCCGUUAUUUAUUUGUGUAUUUUCAGAUUCCUGCCUUUCUUAUUUUUAUUUUUUUGCACAGACUCCUAUUUUCCAGAUGGUUUUGUUGGGGCUCCCGUACAUGGUAGGACAUUGGUACGCCCCAAUUAGGGGAAGCGGGUGUUUUAUUUAUGUUUUUUUUUUGUAGCUAGACUCUGGAACGCUCCAGGAGGACCAGUGCUUGCCGUGUGUGAUAUUUAUGAAGGACUGACCCUGUUUUUUUUUGGGACAGCAGUGUUAUUUUUCCAUUACAAGGGACAUGUAUUGUAUAUGAUUUUUUUUUGGGGGGGGGGGUAUUUUUACAUGAAGUAAUAUGGCCAUAGACUGCAAUGUACACAUCUGGUCCAUUCAGAUGUCCUGCGGUGGUGUAUGGAACCGUUUAGGAUUUUAGAAAAAAAAUCUGAUUAAUAUGGCAGGGGAAUGACUGGCGUGACUGCUGCCGGGCUGGGGAAUACACUGCCUAACGACUACUGGGUCUGUCUUAGAUUACUAGGACUUUAGCUCAGAAAUGAACUAGUGACUCCUAAAGAGUUAAAGGGGUUGACCAGGAUUAGAAAUAAGUGGCUGCCCCUUCUUCUUCUUCCUAUAAACAGCUCCACUCUGGCCCAUGGGCUGUGUCUGGUAUUGCACUCAUUCACUUGAAUAGCUGCAAUUCCAAACACAAUCUAUGGAAAUGAGUGAUGCUGUCUCUGGAAGGGUACCAGCAGUUACACCUGGGGCCCUGGUACCUGCUGGGGGCCCGACCGGACUCGUCCAGACAGAUGAGUGAGUGUGAUGUAGUUUUACAUUGGGGCGCAGUGGCUUUAGGCUACUCCUCUGCCUUCAUAUGGGAUCUGAUGGAAUCUAUUUACUUGGAUCUGUUUGACAAAUGUUGGGUACAGAUGCGGCACAGAACGCCUACUUCCAUGUGCACGCUGCGUAAGUAUGUGCACCGUACUUAAAGGGGGUUUACAAUUUUACGUACAAUGAAAAGCUUCGCAGCUCUCCAGACAAGUGUUUCUAUUCCUUUGUAAGAUUUCUUUGAACAAAGCGAGUGAAAACUUUCUCUGAAGGUUUGUUACAAUGUGUCAGUGUAGGAAACAACAUGAAGCACCUACACUCAUACAUUGUAACAAACUGCAGCUGUGAGCAGUUAACCUUCUGAAUGCUAUGAAAAUCUUGGAAAUAAUGAGGAGUUGAAACAAUGUAUAAUAAAGUUCUAUGACUUUUCAUCAUACAGUGAUUGAAGGGUGUGUAUACUUUUGCAAGCAUUUUUUAGUGCGACUACAAUGAAGCGUCUGUAUUAAAGAGGUUUUCUAGGAUUGGAAAAACAUGGCUGCUUUUAUUCUGUACCAGACACAACCCACGGAUCAGUGUAGCAGGGGAAAGCAGAAGUUUUUUUUUUUCUAAUCCUGGACAACCCCUUUAAACCUCCUCCCGCUUACAGUAUUGAGCGCAGACCUAUGUGUCACUAUGGUUACACACUAUAGACAAUCCUUUGUGGUCUGAUCAGUCUUGUAUUAGUCCACAACAGAAGGAUCAGACUACAGUUUGCUUGUAGUCUGUAACCAUGGAGACACAUGGGUUGGUAGAGGAGCUGUAAACAUGCAAAUUGAUAGGAGAUUCUUAAUCAAAAGCAUUUAAAAAGUUGCUUUAUUUCAGAAGUAUUGAGCAAGAAAAUAUGGGGUUGAAAAAGUAUACAUACCCUUUAAGGUUUUGACAGAUCCAUGCCCCCUGUGGAGCUAUUGGUAUCUGUAAGGACAUUGAAUCCACUGUGACUGAUAUUAAUGCAAUGCAAAUUCUAUGUAUAGGGGUUGUGCAGGAUUAGAAAAUCAUGGCAGCUUUCUUCCAGAAACUGUGCGAUGUCUGCCCAUGGAUUGUGUCUGCUAUUGCCACUCUGCUCCAUGGAAGUGAAUAGGGCUGAGCUGCAAUACCACACACAACCUGAAGACAGGGGUGGCGCCAGAAGACGGCCAUGUUUUUAAAAAAUCUUUGAUAGCCCCUUUCAUGAAGGAUAUAGGGUGUGUUAUAUAUUAAACAGAAGGUGAAUGUAUAAUAUAUAUUAUCUGUAAAUGGUACAUGUCGUCUGCUGUUAAUAAACUAAUCCCUGUUUUUAUUACCUCAUUAGAUAAUAAACGCUGACUUU